AUGGCACCAUUCGGCACAAUUUACUCUUACAUGCCCAGCCCUCGGAUCAUGAAGGCCCAGGCUGCGGCUAACUUGAACGGGCUGGAGCUGGCGAUUCCCCAAUUCACCAUGGGCCAGACCAACCGCACCCCAGACUUCCUUGCAAAGUUCCCUCUGGGUAAGGUGCCCGCCUUCGAGGCCGCCGAUGGAACAACCUUGUUCGAGUCCGAUGCCAUCGCCCAGUACAUUGCUGAGAGUGGCCCUGCCGCUGACCAGCUGCUCGGAUCUACCCCUGCCAAGCGUGCCACCAUCCGUCAGUGGAUUUGCUUUGCACAGGGUGAGAUCCUGGACCCGGUGACCCAUUUGGCCCUGUGGCGCCUCAAGAUUCGCCCCUACGAUCAGAAGACAGAGGAGACCAACCUUGAUCGUCUGGCGCGCUCCCUCGACUGUCUGGAGACUCACCUGAAGAACCGCACCUGGUUGGUCGACAAUGAUAAGCUCAGCCUGGCCGAUAUCACUGUUGCCUCUUCUCUGGUCUGGGGUUUCUCUAUGGUGAUCGAUGCCGAGAUGCGCGAGAAGUACCCCACCGUCAUCAGCUGGUACGAGCGCACCAUCGAGGCUGAGGGUGUCAAGCAGGCCUUUGGCGAGAAGAAGUACAUUGAGAAGCGUCAGGGUCCUGAGGCUUAG